CGAACUUUCUCUGUGUCUUCUAUCAUGUCGAACAAGCAGGAGUGGAUGAUCAUCCUGUCUGUUGAUCAAUGACUGAGAUGGUAACGCUGCUGGAUCAAUGCUAACCUGCAAGUAGACCUGACAAGCCCGGCAUGCUAGAACAGCGUAUGAAAGUCCGACCCGACCAUCUCUCAGCCAUCAAGUCUGCUGUGGACACCGGCUUUAUCACGUUCGGAGGUGCCUCGCUCGAUGAGCCACUCAAGGAGGGAGAAGGACCCAAGAUCAAUGGUUCCGCAAUGCUGGCCCGAGCAGAUACGAAGGAACAGGUUUUGGAGAAGCUCAAGGAGGACGUGUACUACAAGACUGGUGUGUGGGAUUGGGAGAAGGUGAGCGAAUCAACUCUGCUUAGACGCUCAGGGCGUGGUCUUGGGUAGAGCCUCAACGCCUCUAG